AUAUAUCGCCAUUUCCUUAGUUCGAACUGUUGAGUGUUGUGAUCGGUUAAUACAGUAUGAUCUCAAUAUGAUUACAAGAAUAUUUGUAAUUUUUAGUAUUUUAGGAUUAGGCAGUGCACAAUUGGUACAAUUUGGACAGUGUAAUGCUAACAUCGCCUUGCAGACGAAUUUCAAUCCAACACGAUUCCUUGGCACGUGGUAUGGCAUAGCACGAGCAGAAAAUAACCUACAAAAUGGCGACUGUGCGGUUCUCGAAUUGACACAAAACAACAAUGUUAUUAAUGUAACAAACACAGCUGUUAACAAUAAUUUCUAUGGAGAAAUCACCGGCACAGCAACACUUGAACAGGGCACUGCGAAAUACACGCUCAGACUGGAUGGCGUACAAAAUCCUGUUGACUUCUGGAUCCUGACUACGGAUUACGACAACUUUGCUGUUGGUUACGCAUGUCAGAACAUUGGAAAUGUGCAGCGAAGCGUAUACCUUUGGCAGUUGGGACGGGCGACUACAUAUCCCACCGAGAUGAUGGAAGCACUCGUUAACACUACUAUAAACAAUCUUCUUGGCAUCGACACUUCUGACUUAAGGAGGAUCGACCACUCGGAAAACGCCUGCUAUGUCCUACCAGAAAUCGCUAACAACGAAUCUGUUAUACUUCCCGGACAAUGUAAUACCAAUAUGAGUGUUGUUACCAAUUUCAACGCCGCAAGGUUCGGUGGAGUAUGGCAUCAAAUAUCAAGAUAUUACACAGAAAAUGAAGGAGGAUCUUGCAACAGAGCUGAAUACACGUUAUCAGGCGCUGGUGUCAACGUCCUCAACAGUCAAGUGGUCAAUCAAAGAUUAGAGACAAUCAGUGGAAGAGCAACUGUUAGCACAACAGAUGGAUCCGCUAAAUUAACUGUCAACUUAGAAGUAGCACCUAACGUUUUUUCAACAGCGGAAUUGUGGAUUUUGGCGACUGACUACGAUAACUAUGCAGUCUCUUACAACUGUGUCAAUCUUGACAAUAAUCGGAGACGAGUGCGAAGUUGGAUCCUCAGCAGGCAAAGGCAAUUAUCAGGAACAUCACAGCAAGCUGUUAACGAAGUUAUUAGAUCUGAAAUCGAUUUGAACACUAGAUUCUUUUUACAAACCGAUCAAUCCGAUGCUGGAUGCUUUUACUUCCCUGAUCCAGUUGCGGGACAGCCAGUCGUGUUCCCUGGACAAUGUGACUUGAGUAUACCAGCAAUGCCUGCCUUCCAACCUGACAGAUACAUGGGUCUGUGGCAUGACAUCGAGUCGUAUCCGUCAGUAUUUCAAAAUGGAUCUUGUAAUAAUGCUCUGUACACUCUGACCGGUGGAACAGUGCGUGUAUUCAACACUCACGUCGUCAACCAAAGAUUAGAUACUAUGGAAGGUGUUGCUGUUCUCGCGUCUACUGAUGGAACAGCUAAACUCAAAGUUUCAUUCCCAAUCGCCGGCACGAAUCUCACUACUUCAACUGAUUAUUGGGUUCUUGACACUGAUUAUGUCAGCUAUUCGUUGGUGUACACUUGUACAAAUAUGGGUAAUGACCAAAGACAAGUAUACGCGUGGAAAUUGAGUAGAACGAAACAACUGACUGCUGCUGGUAAUAUUGCGAUCAAUACAAUUAUUAACAACGUCCAAGUAUUGGAUCAAAGAUAUUUCGUGGCAAAAGAUCAGAGCCCCGAGGGAUGUUUCUUUUACCCCGAGCCGCAGACUGACGUUCCAGUCCGAUUCCCAGGACAGUGCGACGUAAAUGUUCCAGUAGUGACAGGAUUUUCAUUGCAGCAGUUCCAAGGUGUAUGGUACGAAGUGGAAGCAUACCCUAAAGAACAGCAAACUGGUCAGUGUGUGUACCACACUUACAGCACUGGUACCGGUAAUACAUUGAACCUGGUAUCGUCCAGUGUAACGGACCAAUUCCUAGGCCUUACAAAUUCAGUUCUGGCAUUCCAAUCGACUGAUUCAAGCGGCAGAUUAACAUUAAGAAUACAAACAAACACUGGAGAGGUUGUUAUUCCAUUCUGGAUUCUCAGUAUAAAUUACAACGAUUUUGCAUUAGCGUACAGCUGUAUCAACGAUGGAAGUGACUUCAGAAAAAUUUUCAGCUGGAAGCUUAGCCGAACGAAACAGUUAUCGGCCGCUGUCAACACGGCCAUGAACAGUGUGAUGGCCAACAAUGUAGUUCUGGACAAUCAGUACUACCAGGCCAUUGACCAAUCAGAUCGCGCCUGCUUCUUUCUACCAGAUAUACCACUGGGUCAACCGGUUGUUUUACCAGGACAAUGCAACGUAAACAUACCUGUCGUGCAGAACUUCAACGUUGCUCGCUAUUUAGGACGUUGGCGCCUAAUUGAGACUUAUUUCACGGAGCAACAAUCUGGCACAUGUAAUGAUGCUACGUACACAUUAAAUAACAACGUGGUCGAUGUUUACAACACUCAAGUAAUAAACCAACAGCUGGACACAAUAAACGGUACCGCGACUCUCGCGACGACUGACGGCAGCGCCAAAUUACUGGUCAACUUCCCUGGAACAUCAGCACCAGCGGAUUACUGGGUUUUAGACACUGACUAUGAUUCUUACGCUCUAGUUUAUAGCUGCAGGAACAUCAACGCUCAGGAGCAAAGAGUUUUUGCUUGGAAACUCAGCCGCACCAGAAACUUGACACCAACAGCAAUUAAUAACAUCAACAGUGUAAUUAACUCCGUGGAUGUACUCAACAACCGUUACUUCGAAAUCGUCGACCAAUCAGAUUCUGGUUGCUUCUACUAUCCAGUGCCCAGUAACAGCCCUGUUAUUUUCCGAGGACAAUGUGAUCCAAACAUAAGAGUCGUUACUGGCUUUGAUGUAGCUAGGUAUUUGAAUUUAUGGCACGACAUCGAAUCUUAUCCUACACCAUUCCAAGAUGGAUCUUGCCCUAACGCCUUCUACGAAUUAGGGGACGGAGUUGUUGAUGUGUUUAAUACACAAGUUAUCAACCAGACAUUAGACACAAUCAGGGGUGAAGCGACUUUGAGAGAAUCUACUGACGGAAGUGCUAAACUCCUUGUUACCUUCCCAAUUGUUGGAACUAAUCUUAACAUAACAACCGACUACUGGGUUCUAUCAACGGACUACUCGUCCUAUGCCCUGGUAUACAGCUGCACGAAUCUUGACGAUGAACGAUCACAAGUAUCAAGUUGGAAGCUCAGCAGAACUAAACAACUAACAACUCAGGCCACGACUGCUAUAAACUCAGUAAUCAGUACCAUACCAGUAUUGGACCAACGUUACUACCAAAUUAGAGACCAGAGUGUAACCGGUUGCUUCUAUUACCCGGAACCUGAACUGGGCAAGCCUGUCGUAUUCCCUGGACAGUGUGACACGAAUAUUGCCGCUGUUCCUAACUUCAAUUUGAACUUGUUCUCAGGAACAUGGCACGAAAUCGAAGCGUAUCCAAAAGACCAACAAUCUGGUCAGUGUAUCAACCACCAGUACACAUUAGAUUCACCAACAAAUAGUUUGAAUCUGGCCUCUUUCAACGUUCUUAAUGAAACAUUAAGAACCUCCAACGGCGUGGUGACCAUCAACUCUUUAGAUAACAGUGGAAGACUACUAAUUACUCUUACAGAAGGCAAUGACCGUGUAGUAAUUCCCUUCUGGGUCCUGAGCACGGACUAUUCUAACUACGCUUUGGCCUACAGCUGCGUUAACCGUGGAUCAGAUUACAGAGCAGUUUACAGCUGGAAGCUCAGCAGAAAUAAACAGUUGUCUACUGCUGCUAACACGGCGAUCAACAACGCUAUAGCCAACAUCGAAGUGCUAGACAACAGAUAUUAUGAGACUAUCGACCAAUCUAACGACGCUUGCUUCUACUUGCCGACCAUUGCACCCGGACAACCUGUCAUCUUACCUGGAGAGUGUGAUCCUAAUAUAAGUGUUGUACAAAACUUCAAUCCAGUUAGAUAUAUGGGCAGAUGGCGUAUGAUCGAGAGUUAUGAAUCCGAUUUCCAAUCUGGUAAUUGUAACGAAGCUAAUUACCGACUGCUAGAGAACGCUACAGUUGAUGUAAGCAACACACAAGUUGUCAACCAAAACCUAGAAGUCGUUAAUGGAUCUGCAGUAUUGGCUACUACUGAUGGCAGUGCGAAAUUACUUGUCUCCUUCCCUAAUGCUCCAGCUCCUUCUGAAUACUGGAUCCUGGCUACCGACUACGAUAACUACGCUUUAGUAUACAGCUGUCGGAACCUCAACAAUCAACAGCGAAGAGUAUGGAGUUGGAAGCUCAGUAGAACUAGACAGUUAUCAGCUAGCGCUGCUAACAGCAUCAAUCAGGUCGUCGACAGAGUCAACGUUUUGAACAGUCGCUAUUAUCAAUCCAUUCAGCAAUCGGAUGCCGCUUGCUUCUACUACCCAGAGCCAGCGCCAAAUACGCCUGUUAUCUUCAGAGGACAAUGUGACCCCAAUAUACCGGUCGUGACUAACUUUAAUCUUGGACAGUACCUGGGUUUAUGGCACGACAUUUCAUCGUAUCCUACCGUAUUCCAAUUCGGUACAUGCAGCAAUGCUUUCUACACACUCAACGGCGGCGUAGUAGAUGUCUUCAACACACAAGUUGUGAACCAAACUUUGGACACGAUCAGAGGAGUAGCAACAUUAGUCGCUGACCCUCAGAACAGCGCUAAAGUUAUAGUCAGCUUCCCUAUCGCUGGAACAAAUCUGACAACAUCAACUGAUUACUGGGUAUUGAGUACUGAUUAUUCUUCUUACGCGUUGGUAUACUCCUGCAGGAAUAUCGAUGAUGAACGUCGUAGCAUUGGUAGCUGGAAGCUCAGUCGCACCAAGCAGUUAUCGGCAGCCGCAAACACCGUUAUCAACAAUGUCAUAAAUACUGUCCCCGUGCUUGACAACCGCUAUUUUAACGAUGUUGACCAAAGCAGAGACGGUUGCUUCUACUACCCUGAACCAGAACCAGGCGUACCUGUAAUCUUCCCUGGUCAAUGUGACACGAACAUACAAGCCGUUCCCAGCUUUAACCUAACUCAAUUCACUGGAACUUGGUAUGAAAUUGAAGCAUAUCCGAAAGACCAACAAACCGGUCAAUGCGUCAACCAUCAAUACACAUCUGCAACCACUGCAACUCUGAACCUUCAAUCAUUUAACGUCCUCAAUGAGACAUUGAGAAUUACCUCGAGCGUUGUUUCUGUAACUUCGACCGAUGGUAGCGGCAGAUUGUUGAUCACGCUGAGGGAAGGCACCCAAACAAUCCAAAUACCAUUUUGGGUCUUAAGUACGGAUUACAAUACCUACGCUUUAGCCUACAGCUGUGUCAACCGAGAUUCAGACUUUAGAGCAAUUUACAGCUGGAAGCUUAGCAGGACUAAGACAUUGUCAGCAGCUUCCAAUACAGCUAUUAAUACAGCGAUUGCAAACAUCGAAGUAUUAGAAAAUAGAUAUUAUGAGAACAUCGAUCAAUCGGACAGCGCCUGCUUCUAUCUCCCAGACCUCGGUCCCAACGACCCUGUCGUGUUCCCUGGACAAUGUGAUCAAACUAUUCCUGUCGUACAAAACUUCGAUCCCGUCAGAUACCAAGGCAGAUGGCGUAUGAUCGAGACAUACCAAUCAGAUUUCCAAGCUGGAACUUGUAACGAAGCUAACUAUAUGCUUACUCCCAAUUCGACUGUGGAUGUCGUUAACACUCAAGUAGUGAACCAACAAUUACAAACUGAAACCGCAGUAGCAGUACUCGCCACUACUGAUGGCAGUGGAAAGUUAAUAGUCACCUUCCCUAAUGCACCACAAUCGUCUGAAUACUGGAUUUUGGGCACUGACUACUCUAACUACGCAUUGGUAUACAGCUGCAGAAAUAUAAACUCUCAACAGAGAAGAGUAUGGAGCUGGAAACUAAGCCGUGAUAGACAACUGUCAGCAGCAUCAGCCAAUGCCAUCAAUCAGAUUAUAAACAGAGUAGAUGUACUGAACCCACGGUAUUACCAAUCGAUCGUACAAACAGACGCAGCAUGCUUCUACUUCCCAACACCAGCACCGAACAGGCCAGUUGUGUUCCGAGGACAAUGCGAUAUGAAUAUACCUGUAGUUACUAACUUCAGGCUGGCAGAUUACUUGGGUCUAUGGUACGACAUCGAAUCAUACCCGUCUGUCUUCCAAGGCGGUACCUGCAGCAACGCAUUGUAUACCUUGAACGGUACUGUGGUUGAUGUCUUCAACACUCAAGUCAUCAACCAGACCCUGGAUACUAUUAACGGUGUUGCAACCCUCACACCAGAUCCAAAUAAUAGUGCGAAGAUUGUUGUUAGUUUCCCAAUCGCCGGUACAAAUCAAACAACGUCAACUGACUACUGGGUACUCAGUACGGAUUAUUCUUCAUACGCUCUGGUAUACACGUGUUUCAAUUUGGAUGCAGAACGUAGACAAGUUACAAGCUGGAAGCUAAGCAGACAGACAAACCUAACAGUGGUAGCGGAACAGGUAAUCAAUAACGUCAUCGCAACUGUACCAGUACUACGCAACGACUACUACGUCCCACGAGGUCAUACUGAAGACGAUUGCUUCUACUACCCCGACAACAACGGUGGACCUGUCAUACUGAACGGUGUCUGUGAGGAACAGACCCCCGUUACUGGAUUCAAUGUUAACGCUUUCGGAGGAACAUGGUACGAAGCUGCAAGGUUCCCAUCGGAACUGCAAAGAGGAGAGUGCGCCUCAAAGACGAUCAGUAGCAGUCAGAAUACAGUGAUGAUUAGUGAAAGUUAUGUUAAUAAUGAAAGACUGGACACAAUCAAUUUUACAGCAAUUACAGCAACUGAUGGCAGGGGUAUUCUUAAUACUACACUCACCGAUGUUACAGGAGUUACCUUUGAUGCUACCAUCUACGUCCUGGCAACUGACUACACUGACUACGCCUUGUUAUUCAGCUGCAGGAACCUCGGAAAUCAGUCUAAACAAAUAUACAGUUGGAAACUCAGCAGAUCACAAACGGGUCUAUCUCAAUCGGCCAACAAUACUAUAAACCAAGUUGUAUCUAGUACAACGGAUCUAUUCGAGAAUUACUAUGAGACAAGCGACCAGAGCAACGCUGCAUGUUUCCAUUAUCCGGUGUUUGACGAGAUGCCUCCAGCUAUAACGUUACCUGGACCUUGCGACCAAAGUAUCCGAGCUAAAGCCAACUUUAAUGCAGCAGGCUUCGCCGGAACAUGGAUCGAGAUCGCACGUUACCCACAAGCAUCACAACGUGGUCAAUGCAACCGACCACUCUACGAUCUAUUGGGCAAUACCUUUGAGGUUAUAAAUACACAAGUUAUCAACCAAACAUUGGAUACCAUCAAUGGCGAGGCUGUUGUGUCCUCGACAGAUGGCAGCGGAAUAGUUACUGUUACAUUCAGAUUGCCUAAUGAUGUUGUAAAUGUUGCCACCCUUUACAUUCUGGAAACUGACUACACCAACUACGCCCUGCUUUACAGUUGUCGAAACAUGUCCGAUAACAGAAGACAAGUAAACAGUUGGAAGCUUAGUAGGACUACAACUCUAAGUAACGAAGCAAAUAACGUAAUAAAUAACAUAGUUAAUAAUACAGAAGGUCUCUUGAAUGAUUAUUACAUGAUAACUGAUCAAAGUGAAGAGGCUUGCUUCUACAUACCGGAAGUAUUCCCUAAUAUGGCUCCGAUAUUUAGAGGACAAUGUGAGGAUAUUACUGGUGUUCAAGGAUUUGAUAUGCAAAGGUAUUUGGGCUGGUGGCAUGAGAUCGAACGUUACCCAUCUGAUGAUACCCUCGGUGAUUGCAUCAGUUCCGAGUUCGUUACCUCCGGCAAUCAAUUCCAAGUCGUCGACACCAAUGUGUUUGGUGACAGCGCUGUAGUUAACACCAGUACGAUCACCGUGACUAAUAAUGGAAGACUUAGGAAGACUUUGAGCAACGGAAGAGUUAUUGACAUAUGGGUGCUUGCUACAGAUUACGAAACAUACUCUCUCCUGUAUUCGUGUGAAAAUGUCAAUCAAGAAUACAGACGUGUGUGGAGUGCCAAACAUAGCAAGUCACGGCAACUAACUCAAGCUGCUCAGAACGCGAUGGCACCCAUUAUUACAAACAACCGCGUCUUGUAUCCACAAUUCUACCUGCCAGUGAACCAGAGUGACAAUGCCUGUUUCCACUAUCCCGUCCAAACCGGUCGACAGAUCAUCUUACCUGGUCAAUGUGAUAUGAACAUACCCGCUGUUAUGAACUUCGACCCCGCACAGUACACUGGUACGUGGUACCAAAUCGAAAGGUAUCCACAAUUCCACGAGAACGGUGCGUGCACUGGCGCUCGCUACACCUUGAACGAGGCCACUGGCGUCGUGACAUUACUCAACUGGGAGGUGGUAGAGGGAGUUCUGGACACCAUAGAAGGAACAGCAACUAUCAACUCAACAGAUGGCAGCGCUCGUUUAGUGGUGACAUUGCCAGACAGAUUGAGUGAUGACCCAGCAGCAACAGUGACCACAAGACUGUAUGUGCUUACCACAGACUACGUAUCCUAUUCUCUCGCGUACAGCUGUGUCAAUGUCAAUCAGUUCCAAAGAUCUGUUGGAGUAUGGAAGUUAAGUCGUACCAGGACCAUGCCUGCAGCGGGUACAACCGCCAUCAAUACUUAUAUGGCGACAAGGGAAGAACUCCAUCAACCCUACUUCGUUCAGGUCCAACAGAACGACGAUUGCGAAGAACCCAGCUCAGCUAUCUUAGUCAAAAGCAGUAUUAUUGUGAUGCUUAUUUGCGUGGCUUUACAGAUGUUUGUCUAAGUAAUAUUAUAUAAUUUGUAUUUUAA